GUGGAAGGUGAGGAGCGCCUGAGCGGCGGCGGGCCCAGCCUGGGGGCCGUGGCAGGGUCCCGCUCGCGUCCGUGCCUCGGGCGCGCAGCUCCGGAACGGCGGCUCUCGGUGUAUCCAAGGCCUUUGUUGCCAUUUGGAAGGAGAGAGUGUGCUCACUGCGUGCUCACUCGCUUCAUGGAGAGGUGCGGAAAGGCAGUCCCUGAGGAGAGCAAUCAGCGUGCAUGAAUGGAACCCAACCGGUUUUAGAAGAAGUCAGACUUGGUUAUGACUCUGCCUGGUACUGCAGCAUUCACCUCACCAGAACACCUUCUGCACCUUUGCAGGCUGACUACUUGAAGGUGGCAGACGUCUGGGUCUUCUCAUCCUAUGCCUCUCCCAGUAAGUGAAAUAAAAGGAAGGGGAAAGAUACCAAUUGGAGUGUCUCUGAUAAAGUCUGAGAAGUGCUAGCAGUUGUGCUACAGGGAGGUGGUUUCAGCCUGAAAACGAACUGGUUGCUUGUUUGCUAGUCACAGAGAGGGAGAAACGAAUGUAAAUGCAGGUGACCAUGCAGAAUGCAGUUCAGGUGUGGUUUGGAGAUGACCCUCCCUUAACUCCCCGAAGUCCUCUGACUCCCAGACACGGGCCGGGUUUGGCAGAUGUGUGCCUGUAUGACCAGUGGAUAUCUGUGCGGCAUGAAGCAACUUUGGUGCCUAUGCAAGAAGAUCUGUCCAUUUGGCUGUCUGGCUUGCUGGGAAUGGAAGUCAAAGCAGAACAACUGCUAGAAGAACUUGAUAAUGGGGUAUUACUCUGCCAGUUGGUUGGUGUUCUUCAAAACACAAUUAAAAAAUGUUGUAGCUCAAAUAACUUAAGGAAUUUUCCUAUGAGAAAAGUUCCAUGUAAGAAGGAUGCUCCAUCAGGAUCUUUUUUUGCCAGAGAUAAUACAGCCAACUUUCUUAACUGGUGUAGGGCCAUUGGAGUUGAGGAGACUUAUCUAUUUGAAUCUGAAGGUUUAGUUUUGCACAAGGAUCCAAGACAAGUGUAUCUUUGUCUGUUGGAAAUUGGACGCAUUGUAUCCAAGUAUGGAGUUGAACCUCCUGUACUUGUAAAACUAGAGAAGGAAAUUGAGCUAGAAGAAACCCUACUGAUGACCUCUGGGCCACCAUCACCUGUUAGCACAGCAAAGUCAUGUUGUCACCAUGGGGAGCUACAUGAGGCAGUAAAACAUAUAGCAGAAGAUCCUCCCUGCAGUUGUUCCCAUCGGUUUUCAAUUGAAUACUUAUCAGAGGGACGUUAUAGACUGGGAGAUAAAAUACUCUUCAUAAGAAUGCUACAUGGCAAGCAUGUGAUGGUACGUGUUGGUGGAGGCUGGGACACUCUUCAAGGUUUUCUACUCAAAUAUGAUCCAUGCCGAGUGCUUCAGUUUGCAACUCUGGAACAAAAAAUCCUUGCGUUUCAGAAAGGGGUCACCAGUGACAGUAUCCCUAACUCAUCAGCUAGGAAUCAGGAGCCUCCUGUUAUGAAUCCAAUGUCAGCUGUCAAUAUGUUUCAAAAGCAGCCAUCAAAAGUCACUACUCCUGUUUUAGCUGUUGGGGCUGGUGCCAAGAAGGCUUUAUCUAAACAUCCUCAGUCCCCUGCUCUGGCAUCACCAAGAGUGCCAGUGCCCCCAUCUUCCACAGCCAAGUCAUCAACAGUCAGGUCCAAAUUACAAGGGUCUUCAGCAACAGGUGUACAGUCUCCUUUCAAAACAUUAGCUGGUAUCUCAAAGAAACUGGAGUCUCCUGCAUGCAGCUCACCAGCUUCUGCUUCUUCACGGCCUGUAAGCAAAAGUUCUUCAUGUGCAGGAACAAGAACAGCUGUAGUUCCCUCCGAAACAGUGCGCAAACGUAUUUGGUCCCCCGAUGCUCCCAAGGUGAAAUUUGCCCCGCCUCAGGGCUCCACAGCACCAGCACUCCAUCCUACCCUCUCAUCCUCUAAAAAACAGCCGUCUCAUUUGUCUGAGACAGCUGAAAUGAUGGCUUCAAAACAGAAGCGUGUCCCUGCUAAAUGCAAACCUGUAUCUAUCACUAAAACCAAAGCGAAUUCAGUCGCUCCAAGGGCUGCUCGGCCGCCUGUGACAAAUCUGCGUGCUGUUGCCAAGUUUGCGCAUUCUCAGGAGCAACUUGCAAAACCUCCUUCUGAAAAUGCUAUUCAGAUCUCGGGAACUGCGUCUCAGAAUCCUCAGAAAGCCCUACGAACAACUUCUGACCUGGCAAGGAAUUUGAAAAGUGCAUCGGUCCUCUCCGCUUCUGCACCUUCCCUUGCAGUUAGCAAAGCAUCAAAGUCACCACCUUCACUGAUACCUACAAGCAAACACGCAUCAUCAGCUGUCAGUAAGCAGCCGAAUAUCAGUAAUCCCAGUCUGGUUGGGCCCUCUUUAUCCAAACCUCCUGAACGUACCCCCUUAUCUGUUGUACGACUUCCUCAAACUUCUGCCAAAGUGGCAAUGACCAAAAAGUCGGCACAGCCUUCCACAAAAGGUCAGCCUUCAGCCAAAAACUUGCAAACAAACAAAAGCCUGGCCCCAGCAGCCAAGAAGCCUCUCCCGAAGGAACAGUCAUGUAACAAAGGAACACCUGGUGUGUCAAAAGUUCCUCUUGUGAAGAGCAGGCAAGAUGAUCACUAUUUUGUUAUGACAGGGAGUAAAAAGCCCAGAAAGUAAACUUAUUUUCUUCAAAAUAAGUUUAUGAAACACUGAGGACAAGAAAAAAAUGUUAAAUAACACUACAUUUAACAUGAAAUAUUAGGUGUAACCUACAUUUUGCUGCAUAACUUACUGUAAGAACUGUGUUUAUUUUGCGAUUAGAAACUUCUAUUUGGAUAUAUUUAGAAGUGAGCUUGCUUGCUGUUUAGCACUGUGGAAUAGAAAAUAUUCCUGACCUGCUGUAAGAAAGGUGGGUGUGCUGGUUUAAAAGUAAACUGGAGGUAGAAGUGAAUGCAACUCAACAGAGAUCACAAGUCAGAGUUACAAUUUCCUAAAAAGAGAUUACAAUAAAUGAAAUGAUACAGAGAAAACUGUUUUUCACCCCCCACAAACAGAUAUAUAACCCUGGAACAAGAACAGAACAGUGUUUAGUGGCCCCUGUGCUGAUCACUACGUGGCCCCCCCUGACUGUAAAGUAAAAGGAAAAGAAAACCUGUUAGGUCAGAUGAUGGUGGCAGUUCUGUUGAAGUAAUGAGCACAGUCUUGUCGAGAGUGGCAAUGGCAGUCCUGUUGGAGUUCUGGUCCUCUGGAUAUGAUGAGUGGUACCAGAAGUUCCAAACCCCAAAGCUUAUAUAUGCUCAAGUUCAGAUGGUAAAUGCACAGUUCCUCCUCCAGGGCGGAGAGUUUCACAGUGGGUGAUUUAACUCUGUGAGUCAUGGGAUAUUUCUGGAGUCUUUGAUUUUUGAAGUCUAAGUGUUGCAGCUGCCUAUUAUGCCAGUCCAGUAUGGCCCAUUAGCAGAGGUGACUCCUCAGGCUGGGUGUGAAGGCGUUAAUGCCUUUCCGAAGGGGAGUUAUCACAGCUGAGUCACUGGUGUGAAAACAAAAGAACACUUCACAGCCUCUCAGGGUUUAUUUAACACCCAGCUCGUAGCCUUAGGUGCCAGGUGUGCCCUGGGCAGCUGCUGCAAAGGGUCCAUUAUUAACAGUCCAUCACAAAUGACAUAGAGUGUGUAGAAGACACAGUUUUGGUUAUACCCACAUGGUGAUAAACUGGUCCCAGCCCCUGUACCUAGGACAGUGGGAGAGAGGAAAGGGGAGCUAAGGCUGCUGCUCAUUUUCAGUGGAGCGAAGUCUGCCCAAGAAACAUCUACCCAGGGCAGAGCCUGAGUGACUCUGGUGGUUCUGGCAUGUCUGCAUCAAGGCCCAUGGCAAGCAGUAGAGCUGUGCUCUACUGUAACAUUUCUAAUACCUCAAACAAAACAACGGUUUUUAGUUCACUGGUGUCCCACAAUCCAAAUUUGGGUCACUUGCCUGUAUUAGAAAGAAAGGAAUCUUUAUUCAUGUUUAAAUUUUACAGACGAUGUUAUCGGUGUUUACUGUGCCCCCCAUAUGCCUUCUUCAGCUCUCUUGGAAGUGGAGCUUUCUUGGUCUAUGUUAAAUUGGACAUGGAAAAUCGUGACCUUGAUUGCUUGCUCUCAUUGUGCCUUAGUCUCUCAAAUUCAUAAAAGAUCUCUUCAGUGAGCAAUACUACCUUUAAAACCCAGGGGAGACAAGUUUGCUUAGUCCAUGCUCUAAUCUGACUAUAAGUGAGCCCAGGCUUUCCUAGAAAGCUCUUGCUGCGUUAAGAUAUGCUCCUGAGUUCCUGGGAGGACAUUUUCCCCUGGGCUGGAGCCCUACACCAGCUGCUGCUCUCACGUUGCAGCCCCAAAGCAGCUCCAGCUGCAGCAACACUGAGCUGCAAGUACUGACCUGUGCUGGCAGUCUUACUGCUCUGCAGGAAUGGCCUUUGCAUGUAAGGCUGAAUCAUUAAAUACUUUUCUCAGUGCUACAGGUUCAUUUCUGUAGGCACUCCUAGUCUGUGGUGGCCUUUUUUGUUUUAUUUAUGGAGACCUUACUGACUCUUCUCUAUUACUUUCUGGAGGUGAGGGGUAAUGCCUGUAAACCUCUUAAAAUGCCAGAAAGCUGUGCAUUGUUUACACUCUCAACUCUGAAGGCUUUCAGUGUGUUAAAUGUCUUACCUUUAACAGAAAGAGCUUCAUGGUAGAUUAAAAACUACUGUCUUUGGGAGUAGCACUGUUUGGGUUUUUUUGGGUUUAAUGAACAGUCAUUCCUGCAAACGCUGAGAAGCAGUGAAGGUCUGUGAAGAGACACUGCUGACUUCCACAGAUCAUCACUUCUCUCCAUUCCCAGUCUAUUUAUGGGCAGGAACAGGUGUGACUGCCAGAUUGGCUCCUGGAUGGUCAGACAAGAAAGUUUCCUAAAAAGGACAACAGUUUCUGCUGUUAUGAGGUUUUAUUGGUUUUGUUUGUUGGUUUUUUUUUCCCUGGAACUACAGUAAGCAAGCAUCAUGAACUGUGUUCUCAUGCGUGGCAAAGUCAUUGAGCUGUCUUUCUGAGCACCUUGUUAGCUUUUUUUACUUUAUUUAUGAUUCUAUUUAUGCAUAUCUACUGUACCAUACUGCUUACAACCUGCUGGGAGUAAACAGUAAAAACCAAUAUGCAAAUUGUAGGAGGAAAACAGAUCACUUUUGAUAAUGUGGACACAAGUCCCACAAGCUCACAUACAAAGCUGUAUGUUUGGGAAGGCCUUAGGCUUACUUAUUUUAUAAGUACACUGGUCAAAGCCACUACUACGAAUGUCAAGAAAAGUAUUGACUGUAGUGGAUUGCUGUCAGGUUUGAUAAAUUUGGCACAUGGUUUUAUAUGCUGAAAGCAUUUUACAAUAGAUGACUUGCUUUUGAUUUUUGGACAUCCAAAUAGUGAGUUACAUACGAUAUAUCUCAUGCAGAUUAAUAGCUGAAUUUUUGGGGUUUCUUUCUGAGUCUGGCUGAGAUGGAGUUAACUUUCUUCAUAGCAUCCUAUAUGGUGCUGUGUUUUAGAUUUGUGGCUAAACCGGUGUUGAUAACACACCAGUGUUGCUGAACAGCACUUGCCAGGGUCAAGUCUUUCUUUUUUCUGCUCUGCCCCCCCGUGAGUAGGCUGGGGGUGGGCAAAAGAUUGGGAGUGACAUGGCUAUGACAGCCAACCCAAGCUGGCCAAAGGGCUAUUCCAUAUCAUAUAUCAUCACCUCAACAAUAAAAACAAGGAAGAGGUGGAGAAAGAAGGAGGAGCAGGGUGGGUGGCUUUCAAGGUGGCUGUUUGCCAACUGGCUUGGCAUCAAUCUGCAUGUGGGAGGUAGUGAGGGAUUGCCUUUGCAUCACUUGGUGGUUUAUUUUUUUUAUAUCUUUCCUUCACUUGUUAAAGUGUCUUUAUCUCAGCAAGUGAGUCUUGCUUUUGCUGCUCUUCUCUCCCUCAUCUUGCUGGGGAUGAAAGAGAGAUAAGGGGAGCAGCAGCUGCCUAGGUGUUUGGCUGCUGGCUGAGGUCAACCCACAAUACUUUUUGAACCAUUUACAAGGUUUUUAGUAGCAAUUUAAACACUGAGACUCUUGGAUCUCAGUGUAAAGCAAUUUUAACAUCUACCUUUUUGAACUACAGAGAAAAUGAAGCAGAUAGCUUCAUUUUGUGAUCUAUUAUUUCAUGUAAAAGAUUGAUUUUUAUGGUUCAAAAUGACAUAAAAAGCAUAAGCUUUUACAGUUGAAACCUUUUUCAGCUAAUCUAAAGAUCAUUCCCCUGUUAUGCAUGGAUAGACUUGGUUUGAUUUUAUUAUAAAAAUAGUGUAUUUGAGCGUGGUCCAACUUCUGUGAAUAUUGUAGUCUUCACCUGUAUAGUCAUAUUCUAACCAUAAGUGUCAUGUAACAUGAGGCGAACCAAGAAUAAGAUGUAACGAAGUACCUCCUAAUGGAAAUACAUACUCUUUUUGCAAUGUUUAUAUUGCCAAAUAGCAAGUCUAAUCUUCAGCUUGUGCUACUUUUUGUGAGGGAAAGAUAAUUUGGAGCAAGAAUCUCCCUGAAUUCUUCAUGUCAUAUCAAUGUCCUUCUGUAUGAGUACUUAUUUUGAAUAAACAUACACUGCACCUUUUUAGGUGCCCACAUGUU